AUGCAAGACAGAACGAAGGAGCACGAUCGAGACAUCCGACUCGCCCGUACCGAGACCUCCGCCGUUUCAGAACAUGCCCACAACACCGGACACAAGCCACUCUGGAACGAAGUAAAGCUUAUUGAUCGUGACUCUUAUUACUACACGCGCAGGGUCAAAGAGGCAAUUUAUAUAAGACUUCACCCUAACAACUUCAACAGGGAUUGUGGAAUAGAAAUUCCAGAAGCGUGGAUGCCCACGAUCAAAGAACACAACAACAGGAGAGCUGUGCGACAGCCUACCGCCGAGGGAGCAAAUCACCGA